GAAAGACCAGGCUCCACCCACUGGUCCCGCCUGAUCAUCAGCGCCCUGGUUGUCAUGGUGAGCCUGGGCACUCCAGUGGAGUCCGGAAGUCUCUUUGCAGGCAGUGCAGAGCUCUGCGCCCCGGGAGGUUCUCGUCGCUAUGGUGAUGACUCCGCGCUGGCCCUGUGCCACCAGUUUCCACGGCCUGGAGGAGGGUCCAGACCCCGCCCCCUACGUCGGGAUUCGAGAGCUGCGAGCCAGUCCCGCGAGGCCCUCGUUGCUGUAGUGAUUUGCUGCAGCCCGCGCGCGCCGGAAGCUGGUCUCUGCAGCUUUGAAUACUGGAAGAAUGAGGUCCUCUUGGACCUCUUUGGGGCCCCCUGUGAGCCAGGACCGCAUCAUCACCAGCUUCCCUAAGUGGUACACAUCUGAUGCCUGCCUGCAGCUCAAGGAGCACUUCCACAGCCAGGUCAGCACUGCCUGCCAGCACAGGAACACAGGCACUGCUGGGCUCAAGCUCUCCAAGGUGGUGGUAGUUGGCGACCUCUAUGUGGGGAAGACUAGCCUCAUUCACAGGUUGUGCAAGGAUGUUUUCGACCGUGAUUACAAGGCCACUAUUGGGGUGGACUUUGAAAUCGAGCGCUUUGAGAUCGCGGGGAUUCCCUACAGCCUCCAGAUCUGGGACACAGCCGGGCAGGAGAAGUUCAAGUGUAUUGCAUCUGCCUACUACCGUGGUGCCCAAGUGAUCAUCACAGCCUUUGACCUCACCAAUGUGCAGACGCUGGAGCACACCAGGCAAUGGCUGGAUGAUGCACUGAGGGAGAAUGAGGCAGGCUCUUGCUUCCUCUUCCUUGUGGGAACCAAGAAGGAUCUUCUGUCGGAGGCAGCAUGUGAGCAAGCCGAAGCAGAGGCUGUGCACCUGGCCAAUGAGAUGCAGGCAGAGUACUGGUCUGUGUCAGCCAAAACCGGAGAGAACGUGACGGCAUUCUUCAGCCGUGUGGCUGCCCUAGCAUUUGAGCAGUCUGUACUCCAGGACCUAGAGAAGAGGCCCAGCAGCCAGUCCCAGGUCGGAGAUGGAGAUGGAGACCUAAUCCGAAUAGAGGUACCCAAGACCCAGGAGAACAAGAGGCCACCUGGCCUGGGCUGCUGUUAGCUGGGGCCACAUCAGAGCCAUCUCCUCCCUGUUCGGGCAUGGGGUGAUGUGGAGCCCAAGCUCUGCGGUAGAUCUGCCUUCAAGCUGGAGAAGGCCUGUGUCUCGGGGGCUCAGCCAUUUCUCUUUGGCACAGCUCCACUGGGUGUGGGGCCCAAUACUGUCUGGCUGGUUGUUGGGGGGCAGGCACUGGGGCGAACCUUCUGUACAGAGUAACUGUGGUCUCAAGAGGCUUCACGACUGUAAACUCAGGACACUCAGGGCUCGCCUCAUCCCUUACCCACUCUUAUCUGAAGUCACCCUGGAGUUCUCCCUACUGACCCUAGAGGAGGCCUCUGACCCGCAUCCCCGAUUCUAACAGCAAGACUUGUCAGUCCUCUCAUCAGGAAGACACGGAGGUCUAGGUCUUGCAGCUUCCCACCUGGGAGCCCUCUCAUCAGGAAGACACGGAGGUCUAGGUCUUGCAGCUUCAGCCCUAGAUACCCGCUGUCCCUCGGCCACAGAAUCCCAGGACUCUGGAGCUCCACUGCUAAGCACAAUGGAAAAGUCCAUUUGCUCCCCUCAGCAGAGUCCUGCCUCCAUCUCUGAGAUUCCCCAUGGUCAGUGGAUGAGAAGGGAGACCUCCGGCCCAUCAGAAGACGAAUCGUCUUGACUAUGCUGAGAAAUGACAAUUGCAUGGAGUCCAUCUGGAUCUCAUUCUACAUCCCGAGCCUGAUGCUGCCCUGUGCUUUCAUCUGUGCCCAUCCCUGCUUACCUACCGUGUGUCUCUCCAGCUGACCUGUGUAUCUCUCGGGACUUCGGCAGUGGUCUACAUAUCUCUGGAGGACUUGGGACCUACAUGCAGACUCUAGUAUGUCUAACCGCCUCCAGCAUGACGCUCCUACUUGGGUCCAGGGUCUUCCCCAACUCCUCACCCACUCUGUAUUUCUAUAGCUGGGUCCAGACCUGUACAAUCUUGUCUCACUCCUGCCAUAAGAAGGUGGGCACAGCUGGCACUCCUAGGCGCUGCUUCUCUCCCCCUGCCCCACCCAAUACAGGCUCUCAGGUUCUCACGUAGCCCUUGCUGGCCUCCAGCUCUGUGUGUAGCUGAGUCUGACCUUGGAUUUGAUUUGCCCUCCGUCUCCCAAGUGCUGGGACUGCAGGCAGGUACCACCAGAUCUAGGAACACCUGCUCUCAAGAAUGGUAAACAUCUGCAGGCAGCCGUGUUGGUCAGCGCCCUUUUCUAAGUGCCUGGCAUACCAUGCAUUUCUGUGAGUGUUCAUUAACUCAGCAAUGGCCGAACACCUGAGAACAGUGGCGUAUUUUCCUGUCCAACACCAACAUUCACUAGCUUUACUGUAGCUCCCUCCUCCCU